CGCGCGAUUUAGAUUUUGCGUCUAUAACAUAACGCGAGAUGGAUCAAGUCGACGAGCCUCAUUAGACCUAGAGAAGUAGUAAUCUACGGCGUAGAGGUAGAAGAAGAAAAAUAGACCCAGCGAUAGCUGCCGCAAAGCAACUAUGGGAUCGCGCUACUGCUUCAACAUUUUCGAUUGGGAAAUCACGGAGGAUGAUUUCGCAGCCCUCGCGACGCAGCACCUUCCGGAGGAGGACUCCGAAAAGGUUCUACGUUUCGUCUUCCUCGAGGACCGCAAACGAGCGUUCGUGUCGAGGUUGAUGCAGAAAAGACUCGCAUUGGACGCAGUACAAUUCGACCGAUGGCUUGACAGUAAGCUAACUGGUGCCGAUGCUGCGCCAGCAACUGAUGCUGUCAUCGCCUCUGUGCAGGAGUAUUACAACAAUUGUUCCACGGCACGAAGCGCAACAGAGGAGGAAGCUGGGAAAAAUGACGCACGAACAGAUGAAAUUGAAAACCAACUGGAAUCCAUCGAGAUUUGGCGCACGUCGUGGGGCAAGCCUUUUUUACAUGCGCCGCAGCUGCGACACACCAACUUCAAUUUCAACAUCAGCCACGAGGGUGCUUUCGUUGUAGGCGCGUCAGAUUACUUCGCAAUUCUCGGCAUUGACGUAGCCGCGCCCAAGGAAGCAAGAAAAGUGCGUGGUGGGAAAGUUGCCGACGACGCGACACAGAUGGCCGCCAAGACCAGGGACGCGGACGUUGAAGAAUUGAAGAACGAGGUGAUGCAGCUCAAGCGGGAUUUUGGAAACUGCCUGUCGGAUGGAGAAUGGAAUGAAGUCGAGAGGGGAACAAAUCUCGGCGAUUUCGCAACUGUAGCAGGUUCAUCUUCGGACAUUUAUGGGCACUUUAUGCGGAUCUGGAGCUUGAAAGAGUGCUUCAUCAAGGCCCGCGGCGACGGCCUUGGCUUCGAGUUGUUGAACUGCGAAUUUUGCUGGAGGAAAGCCGUCUCUGCAUCUAAAACCGAAGAGGAUACGACAAUCGUUCUAGCAGCCCGCGAAACGACCGACGAAGACACCAAGCUCAAGCCCCAGCCUGACUGGCGCUUUCAUCAAGAGACGCUUCCUUCCGCCCAGGGCGAGCACGUUGUGAGUAUCGGGCGCGGUCCCAUUCGGGCGAUUCAGGAAGAUCCGGAGAAAGAUAUCGGCGAAAAAAGCAUCAAGUCGAGCUUUAGAGUGCACCCCACGUUCACUCCUGCUCAGUGGGAGGCUGUCCUGAGGUUGCCCAUGCCGCCCAUUCGACCGAUAUCUUUGUUCGAGUUACUUCAGUUGUGUUCAAACGCACCCCCGGGAUCAUAG